CCUCGAAACUCACAGAGCUCUUUCUGGUCUCUCUCCUCUCUGGCUGUCUCGCGGUACCGAAACGUACCCCCUGCGUACCAACUACUACCACGCCGCGAGGAUCAUCCCCGCUCCCACGGUCCACCCGAUCGCCCGGCAAUCAGCCGUCACCCGUGACGAGAUCCGCGACUCGCGAAGAAAAAGAAGAGGAAGAUUAAGGCGGGACCCCGAAGACAAACGGGACCAGUGCUACCGUGGUUACACAGCGAGAGACGCAGCAGAGCGCAAGUUCCCCUCGUCAGCAAGAUGACGAUUACGUUUGUGCAGCGAUCUUUAAUUAUCUUCGCCGUUCUCCUGUGCUAUUACCAGUCCUGGGUCGGCGCGGUGAACUGCGAGGACGAACCCUAUCACCCGUCAUGCCGAGGUUCACAGGCGAGGAAGCGCUUGGUACCCUUACCUGUUAUGCGCGCUAUAAACUGCGAGGAAGGAGACUGCAGGUUCCCCAGGAUGAAAUUUUUGAUCGCGAUUCUCGACGACACUCCCUAUAGGAACAAUGAAGUUCAUCCUUCCAACUCCGAAGCCAACUCUGUCCAUUCGCGCAAGAACAGGUUGCGGGUGGAGGACUCGAAGGAUGCGUAUCUGGACGACUAUUGAUUCGACGAUCACUGAAUAUUAUGUCGGCGUGAUUCGCACAGAGAUGACUGACCGAUCGCAACUUUUCAGACAUAUUACUCGUCCGUUCGAUUACUUUUUAUUGUAUUAUCCAGCUUGAUUCUCUCUCCACACAUACACACACACACACACACACACACACACACACA